UGAAGCUAUAUAAUGGCCAUGCACAUGCUUUACAAAGAGUGAGGAUCUAACAGCAAGUAAAUCAAGAUCUAUACAGUUCAGAAAUGAAAGCUACAAAGAGAAUUAGAUCUAAUCAACCAUUUACAGUGUUGGCUACAACUCUACUGUGCUGUGUACUUCUAAGCCACGCUCAAGAUGCCAACAAAAGAGACUUAUAUUUCUCAUUUAUCACAGCUCUAACAGGCAGUCCACUGUCUUCUGGGGGCAUCCCAGUUAUAGACUUUGCUCUAGAACAGAUCAACAAUGACUCUAGGUUGCUCCCAGAUUACAACCUCAAGUACACACAAGUUCUGGAUUCAAAGUGUGACACUACAAUUGCUCUGGAAAGUUUCUUGCAACACUUCGACAGUGAGACAGAGCCCACCUACAUCACCUCAAUGUGCUGUGGGUGUUCUUUUGCCACCAUUCCUGUGGCUGAGAUCAGCCAUCAUUGGAAUGUGCCUCAUAUUUCCUUUGCUUCAAGUGCUCCAGUGCUGAGUAAUAGAAAACGUUUCAGGACCUUUUUUCACACCCUUCCAUGUUAUGUUUACGAGCCUCUUACCAUUCAAACGAUUAUGAAAGAUUUUGAUUGGACCAGGAUGGCUGUCAUUAAUCAGGACGAGAGUCCCCUCGAUUCAGUUGCUGAGGGGUUGCGAAAUAUAUUUCAAGAGAAUGGCUGGGAUCUUGGUCAAGCAGGAAUGAUCAGAGAAGCUUCAAAAAUGGAUGUAGUUGACUAUGAACAAUUUCUGAACAUGGCUGACGACUACCGAAUCAUUAUGAUCAAUACAUUUGAGGACCACACCUACCACAUCCUGUGUGAGGCCUAUCGAAAGUAUGGUCAGAGACUGCUGGACCAGGAGAUAGUGCUCAUAAUGCACGGUCGAUACAUGACUGAGUGGUGGGAGAUGGCCUAUGAACGGGUCAACAGCUCUUGCACCAGAGAAGAAGUUAUGAUGGCUCUAAACAACACACUAGCACUGACACCUCAGACUUAUGACCUGAUAGAAAAUACUUCUACAGUGUCUUACUCAGGAAUUACCCCGACAAAGUUCUCAGACAAGUAUCAAAGCCUCUUGAAAGAAGAACGCUAUUCUAACUAUACACCACUCAAUUUCUUUGGGAGUGCUUACGACUCAAUGUGGGUGGUCGCUUACGGACUGGACCUAGUGGACAAAUGGAUGAAAAAUGGAACUAUUAUCAGUGAAUGUGAGGCUUAUGCGGGGGAGCUUGUAUCACUACACCACUUCAACUAUACGAAUGAAAAGAUGGGAUGUUACCUGAGGAGUGGCUUCCAUGAGGUCAACAUUCUUGGGAUUACGGGACCUGUGGAAUUCAGGGAGGAUGGUGCUAGACCUGAUAAUGUCGUGAGACUUAGACAAAACAGAGUGGAACAACAGGAAGCUACGUACACUGUGACUAGACCAACUGUGGCAAGGGUGACGAAUAGAGGAGGUGUGGGAGACAUGGUGUCUGACACUUAUGAUUCAGUCUUGUUCACCAAUGGCGAAAGUGAAAGCACCAUUUGGCCAGGUGGUGUCAUACCCUAUGAUGGCAGUUCACAACGUGCACUGGAUCAUACUCACAUUGUUAUCACAUCCAUACUCAGCUCAUUAGGUGUAAUAGGGCUUAUCUUUGUUACAGCUGCUUUGAUCUUCAAUUUGGCAUUCAAAAACAAGCGUGUCGUCAAACUUGGAAGUCCAAACUUGAACUUUUUUAUAAUUCUUGGGGCAACAUUGCUCUACCUUUCAAUUUUCUUCUAUGCUACAUCAGCUGAAAGUUUUUCGCAGCAACUGGAGGAGACCAUAUUCUGCAAUUUUCGGUUUUGGCUGUUCUCUGUUGGCAACACUCUCUGCUUUGCUGUCAUUCUGGCCAAGCAAUGGAGGAUUUACUACAUCUUCAGCAACCCAACUCCUAAUAAGAAGGCAAUCAAAGACUGGAUGCUGGUGAUAAUAGUUAUGGUUAUCGUGGGCUUGGAGAUGGUUGUCAUGACAGUGGGAUCGGCCAUUCCAGAGUCAAGGCUUACUGCCAACGCCACCCUAGUCAAUGAAGAUCGCCAAAAUAAUGGAAGGAACGAGAGGGUGUUCAUUUUUGUGUGUGCCAGCACAGCAGCUACAGUCUGGAUUGCCAUUUCUUUUGGGUAUAAAGCUCUACUACAACUUGGAGCUAUUUUCAUGGCCUUCACAACACGGAAAGUAAAAAUUAAGGGGUUGAACGAUACGAAAGAACUGUACACUAUUAUUUACAUCAACACGGUGAUUAUCACAAUGCUGAUAGUGACAGAGUUUGCUCUCAGGAGCCAUCGUGAUGUGUACGUCACACUGUAUGGGCUGGCCAUCUUCGCUGGAGCAACUCUCUUCCUGGGUCUAACCUUCAUUCCAAAGAUUAUCCUGCUCCACAAAGAUCCCAACGGGGAGAAUUUGUUCAGUGAACGAGACACGCACAACUUCUCUAUAGGAAGCGACGCUCUGCAACUGAGCACUCUUACUGUCCCCGAGGUACGGGCAAAGAUUGCCCAACUACAGAAACACCUGGCUCAUCUCGAAAAGGAUCAGGCAAGUCUGUAGAAGGAAUCUACCAAACAUUGACAGCUAGAUGUAUAGUAAUCAUUGUAUACUUCCUCGUGAUCAACUGUUCACCCAAUGCUUUAUUUGCUCAUGCACUAUAAUAUAGAUCUAGCUAUAUUACUUCUGUGUGUAUAUUUUGUACAAUCUGACACCUUCAUUAAUU